UAAACAAAUUAUUGAUUGAGAUAUAGUCCUUCUGGACCAUUAUCAGUUGAAAACCGUGUGUUUAACUGUGGAUUAUUAUUUGGACGCUUCGAAGUCACUGGAACGCAGCUGCAUUAACACACAAAUAAUGGCGACUUCAUCAAAUAUAGGCCUUGCCGAUAUGACGGCAAUUACUGAAAUAGACGAAAGCGGCAUCAACAGUAAUUUAAAGCUUCGAUAUACGCAAGACAUAAUAUAUACAUACUCUGGCUCAAUACUUCUGGCUGUAAAUCCAUAUAAAUAUAUAAAUAUAUUUAACCAGGAACAUGUUAAAAAAUAUCACAUGGCCAAAAUGGGAUCUUUAGACCCUCACGUGUUUGCAUUAGCUGAGGCUGCCUAUAGAAGCAUUGUUGAAGAUAAAAUGAAUCAGUCCUGCCUUAUAUCUGGAGAAUCUGGAGCUGGGAAAACAGAGUCAACAAAAUUUAUUUUAAAGUAUUUAUGUGCAGUUACUUCAAAUGUAUCUACAUGGAUUCAGCAACAAAUUUUGGAAGCUAACACUAUUUUGGAAGCAUUCGAUUAAUGUUCGAGGGAAUAUAACUGAAAUACC